UCGCCUUGAUUAUGUGUUUGUUUUUGUUUAUUAUCGGGAACUUCGGGAAUCAAACUCUCGAAAUAAUUUAAUUCAGGAUUAUUAUCGAAGUUUAUAAGUUGAACUAAAAAACUUGAGAUUUGAUAAAACAUUCGUAUGCGUACUAGAGUGCAGAAGUCACAUCCUACAAUCAAAAUGACUCACAUUUACGCGUUGAAAUUCUCAGUUUUUUAGACGACUAACUAAUGUUAAUAUCAGUGAAAUUAAAGUGAUUGGUUUUCCUCAAACACUUCUUUAUCGUUCGAAGAAAAUCGACGACAAACAUGUCGACUGGUAGGCCGUCCAAUAUUUCACCAACACAGAACUGUGCAAAAGCAUUUAUACAGCGUGAUUAUACGCAUGGGACAAUGGUUCGUUUUCAGACACAGUUACCAAAUGAAUUAGAGAAUAAGAUUGAAAGGCCAGCAUUUGAAUAUACAGUAAACCAAUUAAACUCAUUAUUCGAAGAAGCCGAAAAUGGAACGUGUAAAACUUAUUGCGAAGGUUGUUGCGCGUGUAUAACCGCAUAUUUAAUGUUCAUUUGUAUGGAAUCACAUUACGAAAAAAGUUUAAAGAAAAUCGCUAGAUUCGUAGUCGAACAAAAUGAAAGUGUAUACUUACCAAGAGGGCUACUACUUGUAAAUCCAUUAGAACGAGGACUCAGAGUGAUUGAAAUAGUGAUAUUAGACCAACCUAUGAUAAAUCGAGCAUGACUGUAUUUAUUUGGAUCAACCGAGGAAUUUUAUAUGUGAUUGGUGAGUUUUCAAGUCAUUCCUCUGGAAAUGUUGGCUCAAGUUUGUAUGUUGAGGCUGUCAGCCGAUCGAGAUAAUUUUACGCAAGGAACGGAUAAUCAUCGUGUAUUUUUUGUAUUAUUUUCUUGUUGUUUUUCCAUUUUUUUUUCUUUUACGUGUGAUUUAAUUUUUACUUUUUACGUAAUACUUAAUACAAAUUAUUUUAAGGCAUUGGAUUGUGAUGAUUUACAUUAUUUAACAAGAGCCAAAUAUUUUCAUGUUGUAAAGCUUU